AUGCAGAAUCAGAGCAAGGAAGUCAUUGAUGAGACCAUCAAAGGUAGUCAGUAUAGCACCCAAGACACAGAGGCAGAAAGGAACUCGCUGAAGGAGCAUGUGUACCCCAAACUACGGGAGUUCUGCAGGGAGAACUAUGGCCUCGAAUUCCAGGUGAUAGAUGUUUACUGGGGACUGGACCCAGAAGAGUGGGAUAGCCCAGAGCUCCAUAGGACCCGGAUGAACCUCCUAGAAGAUUGCCUGAAAACAUCUGCUGGUCCAUGUUUUGUUGGACUGUGCGGUGAAAAGUACAGUAGCAUCCGCUUACCCGGAGAGAUUGAAUCUUCUGAGUUUGAAAUGAUCCUGGAUGGUGCUCUGGAAGCUCAACUGGACACAAGAAUCUUGGAGGAGUGGUACUGCCGAGAUGAGAACUCCGUCCCACCAACGUACUACCUCAAACCCAAGUCUGAAAUGCUGAACAAUUGCCAGAAUGCGGUAGACUCAACUUCAAAUUCACCCGGUGACAAGAAGUGGAAUAAAAUAUCAGAGGAAAUCAAGGAAGUUUUCAAAACUGCUGUGACUUUGCUCCAGGAACGUGGGACCAUGCAAAGCUGCGAAGCCAAAAAAUAUCUCCGCUCCGCAAUCGAGGAUGAGUUUGAGUUUGCCCUGGGGAACCAAACCACAGCAUUUCUAAAAAAGUGCGUAUGCUACAUUAGAAGAAUUGCAAACAUUGAACGCCAUGUGAAGAUCCCAGAAAUGAGCCGCUACGUCGACAUCAUAGAAGUCAAUGGGAAACCUAUACGAGACCCUGUGGCCAAUGAAAAGCUUGUGAAACUCCGGGAAGAGUUCAUUCCCACAAUUGUUGCAGCAUCGAAUCUAAGAGUGUACACAUCCAUCACCCAUUGUGACAUGAAGCUCGGAUAUUCACAGGAAGUGGAGAAUCACUAUGUCGAGGGCCUUUGUAAACAGUUUUAUGAAGACAUGAUUGACAUUAUUCAGGCUACAGUUCAACAGAACUUUGACAUUGAAACGGAUGCACUUUACGAUGAGGUUCUGCAGCACUUGUCUCUUUGUAAAAUGUACUCCUCUUUCUACGAGUACCAAUGUGAGACUCUGAACAUGAUCCACAAGUACAUUCUGCCCAGCAAAGCUGGACGCAUGAACCCACUCGUUGUGUAUGGUGGGCCAUGCACAGGGAAAACACUUCUACUAGCAGAAGUGGCAAAGCAGGCCUAUGCCUGGCUUCAGGAAGAAAUGGGGCCCGACUCUGAUCCAGUCAUAAUUAUGAGAUUUUUGGGAUCGACAGAGUUAAGUACAGACCUUAAAACCCUACUGCAAAGUCUCUGUGAGCAGAUUGCCAUCAACUACCGUUGCCUGAUACACAACUAUCCUCAGAAAAUAAAUGAUCUGAGGGAAUUAUUCAUAAACCUCCUGAAUGAGUCUUCGUUCCAUCGCCCAUUGGUGUUAAUAUUCGAUGCUCUGGAGCAGCUUCCUGACAGCGAAGAAGCCCGCAAGUUGUGGUGGCUUCCGAUCCACUUGCCCCGCUCGGUGCGGGUGAUAUUGUCAACGCUGCCAAACAAGCACGGGAUUCUGCAGAAGCUGAGGUCCCUGUUCCAGGAUGAUGAAAACUACAUUGAACUGACUCAGAGGGAUCGAAAGAUGUGCAGCCAGCUUCUCAAGCAGCAACUCCUGCGAGUCAAAAGGAAGGUCACCUCGGGUCAGCAAAUAUAUGUCAACGAAGCACUCUCAAAGUGCACCCUUCCCAUGUUUGUUAACCUGAUUUAUCGAGAAGUCAUGCAGUGGCGGUCACAUAAGGACGUGGAUGAUACUUCACUCUGCGUGACUGUACAUGAAAAUAUUGAGCAACUCUUCCGGUCUCUAGAAGCCAAAUGCGGCCCCAGGCUUGCCUCGAGGGCCCUUGGCUUCAUCACGAUUGCAAAAUCGGGGUUGAGUGAAAUGGAACUGGAAGAUAUCCUUUCACUUGACGGAUAUGUUCUGAAUGAAAUCACAGCAACAGCUAAGCUUCAGAAUCCACUGCGGAUACCAUAUUAUUUCAUUGCAAGACUGAAGGAGGAGCUGCGUGGGUAUUUGGUGGAGAGGCAGGUGCGAAGUGUCACACUCCUGGUGUGGGCAAACCGCCAUCUUCACCUGAUUGCUCAGAAACUGUACCUGCAGAAUGAGGAAGACGUACACGAAAUGCACAGCAUUUUGGCAGAUUACUUCUUAGGAGUCUGGUCUGGUGGACGCAAAAUGUCAUUCCACUCCGAGCACCCACAAAACCAUAUAAAAUCUAAGGACAUCAAUGAUCAGAACACCAAUGAGGAUAAAGAGCCUGACAAGAAUAUUUUUGACAGGCAAGUCCCUCAACAGCCUUGGGUUUUCCAGUGCAACUUGCUGGAGCCAGACAUCUUUUUUGUGAAUCACAGGAAAAUGACAGAACUUCUACAUCAUCUGACCAGAAGUGGGAGGACAGAUGAUCUUAUGUAUAGUGUCAUCAUGAAUUUCAGCUGGCUGUAUACAAUGAUCAAAAUAGGUCAUUUGGACAAAGUGCUUUCUGACAUCGAUCUGGCUUACAACUAUUCGCAGGAGAAAGAGUUAAAAUUUCUAGCAAGAACUCUUCGAGGGAUAAAGUUAAAAGUUUCAAAGAACCCGAGUUCACUUUCUGCUGAAUUACAGCAAAGGCUGUUGCCUGUUGUUAGCUCUUUACCGAAACUCAGACACCUUUUAUUGGAGUGUGACAAAGACGGCCCAAAAUACUGCUCAAUUGUCCCAUUGCAUUCCUCGCUGGAUGUGACCUACAGCCCUGAGCGUCUGACUCUGACCACGAGCUACAUCCACGUCAUUGAGGUGCUUCCCACCACCAGCCCCAAUGUGAUCAUCGCUGCCCUGGGAAAUGGCACCAUCACCACCUGGGACGUGGAAUCACGACAGAUCCUCAGGCAGAUCACCACAGCAAACUCUGCUAUCCUGGGGAUGAAACUCACUCACGAUGAAAAGUAUCUGGUUGUGUCCACCACAAAGAAUACAUUGUUAAUAUACGACAAUCAGAAUUCAUGCCUGUUAUCGGAGGUGGAAAUCAAAGGAUCCAAGCACUGCAUAAUGGGAGGAGGUAGCUCGUUUAUUAACGGUUUCACAUUAUCAAUUAACCAUGCUCUGGCGUGGCUGCAAGGCAGUAAAGAUGUACACGUGAUAGACUUAAUUUAUGGUUGGCCACUCUACCAGUUCCAUUGCUGGUAUGAAGUCACUUGUGUUCAAUGCUCUCCAGAUGGGGUUUAUGCCUUCUGUGGACAAUGCCUCAACACUACCACUAUUUUCCUCUUAGGCAGCGGCGAAAAGCUCUCGACAGUGACCUCAGAGUUUUCUGGAGGGUAUGUGAAAUCCCUACUCAUCCUGGCUGCAGCACAAGAGAUGGUGAUGAUCGAUAAUGAAGGCAGUCUGUCGGUCUGGAACAUAGACGAAAUCACCAACCCUCAAAUCAUUGAGGAUUUUAACUGUAGAGGGAAAGACAAUGAAGUGGUGAGCUUAGAACUGUCAGAAGACCAAAGUGCAAUCCUCAUCUGCAAGACAUUCAGCAUCGAAGUUCUGGACACCAGCAUUUGGAAGGUGGCUGAAAAGUUCAAAGCUAAACGGAACGAACGUUUCAUAUCUGCGGUCCUCUCCAAAAAUGGUGACUCUAUCAUUGCUUCAAUGGAAGAUAUGUCAUUGAUAUUUGUGUGGAGGAGAGACACCGGCCAGUGUAUGGCGAGUCUGCAGGAGCUCUCAGGAGCUAUCAUAAAGCUGGUCAAGUCAAACCAACACAACUUGUUGCUAUCCUUGACAACCAAUGGCACCCUUUCAGUUUGGGACAUAGACAUCAUAACAGCCAUCUCAAACAUUGACAAGACAGGGAAGGCGAUUCAAAGUCUCCUCUUACCGGGAAGAGGGGAAUUGAUUUACACAGUAGAUGGUUCGGAGUCUGUCCACAAGUGGAAUUUCAGCACAGGGUACAUUGAGGCCGUAUUCAAGCAUGAAGGCAUUGUGGAAAACUGCGUGCUCACAUCUUCUGGGGAUCUGAUGGUCACUUCAGACGACAAGGGCAUCCAGUACGUCUGGCACACCAUUACUGGCGACAACAUCUUCCGUAUCAACGGGCAGCGGAUAUCCCAGCUGCUGAUCACACACAACGAUCAAUUCGUGGUGUCUCUCUCAAACCAAAACGUGUCUCGAGUGUGGCGUCUGUCCACUGGCCACAAGGUGUGCAACAUUCUGGUCCCGAUGCAAAAUGCCUUUAUCACCUACCCCAAUACGUUCAUAAUUGGUGUUUCAAAAAACAAGCUGCUGGCUGUCAGCCUGUGGACAGGAAGCGUAACCAAGAAAUUCUGCUGUGACGAUGGCACAACCAUCGUCAAUUUCAAGCUCAUUCCCGAUUCCCCAGACUAUGUGGUUUUCAUAACAUCCUCCGAAACCCUCUUUGUUUGGAGUGUGGCGGAGGAAACAGUGUGCAGGCGAGUCCAGCUACCCAAUAAUUUCCUUAAAAACCUGGAAGAUUUUCAGGUUUCUCCCAACGGCAAGCUGGGAAUUCUUUCCCGGGGAGAUGACAACAUCAACAUCAUGGACCUGCACAAUGGAAAGCUCCGGCUGGUUCCCGCCAUGGGGACCAUCUGGUGUCAGAAGCUAUCACGGGACGGACGAUACCUGGUGUACAUUUGUUUUAGAAAUGGCGUUGAGGACGAUGACAACGGAGCCGUGUCGAGCUUAAUAGUGAUCAGGCUCGCGGAUGGGAAAAACAUCGGCGCCUGCUCACUGUACAAAACCCCAGCUUUCCUCUGUCUUUCCCAACGGCACCUGAACAUCAUUAUAGGUUUCGAUGAUGGCAGCAUCGGGACCUACACUGUGGUGGAUCGGGUCGAUGCGGCCUUAAAGAUUAAAAUUGCCACUUCAAACAGUCGGCAGAUAUUUAACAAUUCCACUCAGCAGAUGAGGCCCAGACGCGCAUAUUUUCCGUGCAAAUUGGCCGCAGACUGUGUAUGGAGGGAGUCUACUGAGGUGUUUGCCAGGGAUAGUCCAGUUACAGUGUCAGAUUCCAGUGACACACCAGCCACAACUCCUACCAAAAAACAGUCCCACCUCUUCGAUAAACCAGGUUCUGCAUUGCAAUUAGACUUCGACACAGAUAGCUAA